CUGUGCUCCUCUGUCACUGUUAUUGGAGCUCUUUCUGGGGAGUAGCGCAUGUGCGUGCAAUCUCCACACCCAGACGACCGCAACCACAAGAACGCCAACCUCUCCACCAACAAAAGACAGCAAUAAUGAGAGCAGCAAAGAGCUCAAAAACGGGAACGGAGAGGGGCCUCAACAUGGGAAUGGGAAUAAGCCUGAAUCUGAGGCAGGGACACAGGUGGCUCGUAUGGCUGCUGCUCCUGCUUUUGGCCAUUCCCCCGCAGAUGGUCGACGGCCGUUACCUGCCCACAAGGUCGCACGGCGACGAUUUGGACAAGUUGCGUGAGCUGAUGCUGCAGAUCUUGGAGUUGAGCAAUGAGGACCCACAGAAGCAGCAGCAGACGAUGCCCCAACAGCACCCACUUUUGCGUCCGCACAAUGAGGCCAGCAGCGGCAGCAACAGUGGCACUGUUAGUGGCAGCAACACCAACACUAUCAAUCCGCGCGUAUCCAACGGCAACUCGAAUGCCGCCUGGCUCCAAAAACUCAGCGCCAUGGGUGCCCUGGAUGAGCUGGGCGGGGAUGCUCCCCGUAUGGGACAAAACUAUGGACGCUACUAAAGGGAAUUCAGCAAUCACCUGACGACUACACGACACCACGACGACAAUGGAAUGGGUCUACAUGGGGGGGAAAUGGUUUUGUGAAUGAAUCAGUUUUUUGAAUGGCAGAAUAAUGGGUGAAGGGGAGUCCUUAGCAGAGAGCACACAGUAUGGAAGACGAUAUGUGGGAGAGCACACCAAACAGACAAGUGGAUGAGAUGAGGGCGGAGCUUGAGAGGAUAUGGUCAUGGGAUUACAAUCCCAUGGCAACCCAAAAGGAAAUGUGUGAAAAUCUGUGAAAAUAUAUGAAAGAGUCAACUAAAUGGAGUGAGGGAAGCCAUUUACACACCCUUUAUCACUACUUGCUAAUACUUUCAAGUACUUUUAAACCCUUAUGAACCAUUUGAAUGCUUUUGGGACAUUUUAAACCAUUUUAUGCUAGUUUCCACUUUUAUUAAGACUUUUUUAAUUGCCAUUUCCCUUUUACUUUUUAAAACGUUUUUCACUAUUCAAAACAACUUUGAAGAUCUGUUAAGAGAUUUAAAUAGCUUCUAAUGAUUUUGAAACGGUUCUCGCAACUGAAACUCUCCCGAAGUAUUAAAAAGAAGGUUCUAAGGGCAUACCCAACUCACCCAAAAGCAAUGCUCUCUGAAAAACUUUGGUUCAUUCGUUCACAACACCUUUUUUGCCCUAAAGCCCAAAAGGUACACCCUCCAAAACGAACAACUCUCAAAGGUUUUAAUUGCAAAAAGCAACAACUGAUAAACACUGGUAAAUACCCAAACAUGCAAUAAAAAAAAAAACUUAAAAAAAAGAUAAAAAGACAAAUUCAGUUCCUAUGAUAGAACAAUAAUUUAAAAGUUUUAGGGUAAUCCCAAGGCGACUAAAAUGUACCUAUAUGCAGCAUGCACCUUUAUGUAUGUAGAACAACCAAACAACCCCUUAAUCCCCUCAAAACAAGUAUUUACGAGAAUGUAUUCCCCUUUACGGUCUAGGUUAAGAGCUGAUUUUUGAGUUUUUUUUUGCACACGCGGCCCCAAAAAGUUACAACUACAAAAAAACAAAAUGAAGAAGCAAAAGUCAAUUGUAAAUAUUUUACUGGAGUUUUAAUGGGCCCCCAAGGCUAAGGCUGGUCGUGGGGCAUAAAUGAAGAUAUAUUUAUAAAUUAUGGUACUCCCAACUAACCUCCACUAAACCGGAGCUCUGGGCCGCGUGACCUCCACACGAAGAUGGGCCCCCAAAACUUUAAUGGGAUUUCAUAUAAAAGAGAUUUAUAUACAUACUUACAUACAUAUACAAUAUAUUGUAAAAGAGCGCAGGGCCCAGUUAUAUGCGAUUAUAUUAUUAUUAUUA